AUGGCCGCGUGGGCAGGACCUAGGCUUCCCGUCCAUAUGGCCGCGUGGGCUUGGAAACCAGGAAAGUCCAUCAUCUCUCAGAAAGGAGCAGCUGCUGCGGUAUGCCAGUGCAUACCUGGCAUACCUUGUAGCGCCGCCCCUGGUUUUCAGCCAUCCAUCUGGGGAGAUUUGUUCCUUACCUACUCCAGUCCUCUGGCUACGUCGUCCACUCAAAAGGCAUGGAUGGUACAUCGAGCGGAACAACUGAAGGAACAAGUGGCAAAACUGAUAGCAGCUUCAAUUGCUUGUAGUCUGUACCAUAGGAUUCAUCUCAUUGAUGUCUUGGAGCGUCUUUGUCUGGAUCAUCUUUUUGAAGACGAGAUCAAUGAUAUGCUAACUCGAAUUAGUAACGUUAAUGUUUGUGGCUGUGAUCUUCAAACGGUGGCUAUGUGGUUCUAUCUUCUCCGAAAGCAUGGAUACAGGGUCUCAUCAGAUGUCUUUGCCAAGUUCAGAGACGAACAGGGGUGUUUUGCAGCAAACAAUGCAAGGGAUCUACUGAACCUUUACAACGCUGCUUGUCUCAGGACUCAUGGAGAGAUAAUACUUGAUGAGGCUAUUUCCUUCACGACGAAGUGUUUAAAAUCAGUAGCACCCAACAUGGAAACAUCAUUAGCAAGUGAAAUAAAGCGUGUGCUUGAGAUCCCGCUUCCUCGAAGUGUAAGAAUUUAUGAAGCCAAAUCUCAUAUAGCUGAAUAUGGAAAACUUCAAUCAAGGCUAUCAUUUGCUCGAGACAGAGUUGUGGAGUGCUACUUUUGGAUGGUGGGAGUAUAUUUUGAACCAAUUUACUCAAGAGCUCGAGUAAUAUUGUCAAAAGUUCUUGCCAUUGUGUCCUUAUUGGACGACACUUACGAUGUCUAUGGAACUUCACAAGAGUGUGAGUUAUUUACCAAGUGUAUAGAAAGCUGGGACACUGCAGUCACCGGAGGUCUCCCAGAGAACAUGAAGUUCAUUUUUGGGAAAAUUUUGGAUACUUGCCAAAGCAUUGAGGAUGAGCUAGCACCGGAGGAGAAAUACCGCAUGCCCUACCUAAAAAUUUUUAUUGUAGAUCUAGUAAGAGCCUAUAAUAAGGAGGUAAAAUGGCGUGAGGAAGGGUAUGUCCCUGCAACCGUUGAGGAACACUUGCAGGUUUCAUCAAGAAGCGGUGCUUGUCACCUCUUGUCGUGCACAUCAUUUGUUGGAAUGGGAGAUGUGGCAGCUCAAGAAGCUUUCGAAUGGGUAUGUAGUGUGCCUAAAAUAGUACAGGCUCUCUGCAUUAUUCUCAGGCUUUCUGAUGAUCAAGUCAUAUGA